AUGCGCGUGGCCGACAUCCAGAACACGCUGCUAAAGACGCCCGAGAUAAGCCGUGUGGUGCCCACGGUGGCGCAGCAGACGCAGGGGGAGGUGAUACGCUUUGCGAACAUGGCCAUCGGGAAGCUCAGUCGCGCCGGCUACAACGUCGUCCUGGAAGGCCGUGCGCAGACGCUCAACAACAUUCACACGCCACUCCGCUUCGAACUUGUGAUGGACGACGCCACGUUGCUCGGCGAGCGUCGCGCGGCUCAGCGCGUCAUGGCAAAGGCGCUUUCGGGCAUAAAGGACCGCCCGGAUGAGGCCACGAACGACAUGGUGGAGGAAACCAUUCUGAAGGCGCUAGACGAGCUGUAA